GGUCACUUUUAUGAUUAUUUCAUAAAACAAUUAUGAAAUAUAUUGAAUUUUAAAAUAAAUAUAGGAAUAACUCUUCCCAUGACCCUUUUCGUUGACGAUGCGUCAUGGUGCAACAUGUCUGAAUCGAUUCCAAGUCCAUAUCAACUGCCACCAUUGACAACAAUAGUCAAAUUUCCAUGAUCAACCUCUCCUUUGGAAUUUUUCAUAUUCGGUGAUUCCUUCUUCUACUCAAUUUGUUCUUCCGAACUUUCCUCGUCGGAAUUUUGGCAUUCUAGAGAGAUUGAGUAAAAAUGGGGCAUGGAAGUUCCAAAUCAAGCUCCUCUGAUGACUCUACAAACGGCGGUGGUUCCAAUUCAAAAUCACACACGUCGCGCCGCGAGAGAAUCAAGACGAAGCUUCAUCUUCACCGACAUCGUGAUCGUGAUCGUGAUCGUUCCGUUCGAACUAGUCGCGGUUCGCAUUCUCAGCACCCAAAACUCAGCACUUUGGAGGAUUUUGCCGGCAUCGCUUUGGUCACUCUUAUUUCUGCGGAGAUGAAAUUUAAGGAUAAGUGGCUUGCUUGUAUUUCCAUUGGAGAACAGACUUUUCGCACCGAGAUUUCUGACCAGACCAACAAGCCUACAUGGAACUCUGAGAUAAAGUUUCUUUUGGAAAAGAAUGGGCCUCAUGUUGCCAAAAUAUCUGUUUUUGAGACCAAUAGACUACGCAAGAACAACCUCAUUGGGCAUUGUGAGGUAGAUCUUUUCGAAUUCCUUAUUCGGGAUUCAGAUUCUGACAAAAAAGUGUUCAAUGUAAUGGAUCCAUCAUCUUCAAAUGUAGUUGUUGGCAACAUAUCUCUUUCAUGUUCCAUUGAGGAUCCAACUGAAACAGAGAAAAGUUUUGCAAGACGUAUCUUAUCCAUUGUUGAUUACAAUGGUGAUGGAAAAUUAUCUUUCUCUGAAUUCUCAGAAUUAAUAGAUGCAUUUGGCAAUCAACAGGCUGCAAAAAAGAAAGAGGAGUUGUUUAAGGCAGCUGAUGAAAAUGGAGAUGGUGAUGUCAGCAUGGAUGAACUGGCUAUACUUUUAGCCAUGCAACAAGAAAAGGAACCUCUGAUUAAUCGUUGUCCUGUUUGUGGAGAGCUUCUAGAAGUUUCUGAUAAGCUGAACUCCAUGAUUCAUAUGUCACUAUGUUUUUGA